AUGCCCGGCACCGCUCCACCUCCCGAUGAGACGGGCGUCUAUUCGGGGCAAAAUCUGGUGCUGAUCAUCAGCAUCGUAACUUUACUGAGUCUGGCCAUCUACAACUCCAUUGAACUCGUCGUACUCAUCCUCUGCACCUUUCGGCACUACCGGGGCCUCUAUUUCUGGAGCUUGCUGCUCUGUGGUCUCCUCGGCGUGGUCCCCCAGGCCGUCAGUUUCAUCCUCAAGGAUCUCGACCUCGCACCCUUGACCUUCUCUCUCACCCUCUCGACGAUCGGCUGGUAUUUCAUGGUCACCGGCCAAGCCGUCGUCUUGUAUUCUCGACUCGGUCUGCUGGUCAACGAUCCUCGCGUCCUGCGCCGCGUCUUGAUUAUGAUCAUCACCAAUGCCAUCAUCUUCCAUGUCCCCACAACCAUCCUCACCUACGGCUCGAAUUUCUCCAAAUCCCACAACGCCGUCUGGACCAAAGCUUACGCCGUCAUGGAGCGCAUCGAACUCGUUGGUUUCUCCAUCCAGGAAAUGAUCAUCUCCUACCUCUAUGUCGUGCAAGUCAUCCGCAACCUCCGCCUCGUCCCGCUCAACUCUCGCAUUCAUAAAGUCCACCGCAAGACCCUCCACUACGUCCUCGCCAUCAAUGUAUUUCUCAUCCUGCUCGACAUUAUCCUGCUCGUUAUGGAAUUUACCAAUCGCUACACUAUCCAGACCGCGUUGAAGUCACUGGUGUACAGCAUCAAGCUGAAGCUGGAAUUCGCCGUCCUCAACCGACUGAUCUGCCUGGUCCGCCCUGAUCAGAUGGGCUCCGACGAUUACUGGCAGCCCUCACCCAGCCCCAGUCCACGCACGCCAAAUACACUGGGUCAUGAGCUCACCGACUUUGGAGGGUUCUCGCGGGUAGAGUCCUGCGACACGGCGGCGAUGCGAAGACCGUCAACACAUGUGGUGAAGAUCAAACAAGUGUUCAAAUCAUGA